AUGCUGAGAAAGGUUUCCGAUAAAUUCGUGAACAAUAAUCAAGUUUUAGCUGCGAAUACGACAAGAAGCACGUGCUAUCAUCUAGUCAUUUGCAAUAAUAUUUUUCCAUUCAAACAUCAUUGUACAGUAGGGAUUACCAAUUCACAUCAUCAUCCCCAAAUCCGAACUUUUCAAUUAUCAUUACAAUCCAACUCUCCAAACCGUCAUCAUGAUGAAAAUUCCAACUCUUCAUCCCACAACCAAUGGAUCCAUGAACCAGUGUGGCGAGUCGUACGAUUGGAUGACAAUGGAAAUGAAUAUGAAAUGGAGAGAGGUUUGACCAAGAAGCAAGCGGAUGAGCUAGCUCAAGAAUUUACAAGUCGUUUACAUAAACCAAUGUAUUGGAGUGAAUUAAUUCCAGAGUUGAGUGGUGAAAGUGAUUCAUCAGAGAAGAGAUCAAACGCACAUGCAAAGAAACAUUUCAAAAAAUCAGCCACGAGUUUUGACACCAAUUAUUGGUAA